CUGUGACCUUCGAAAUACCAGUGGAUUCCGAAAAUUCUGGGAAGUGAAUCGGUGCUCAUAAAUGGAGUCAUACCGGGUUAAGAUGGAACCAGUUCGCCACACGAGCGUGACAUCAGAGAUGAGGUUCUUAGAGUUAUAUCAAACGCACUGGGAUGACGCGGUGGUGCGCGCCACGAGACGAGCGGUGUCCUCAGGGGAAGACGUGUUCCACGGGGCGGAGACCCGGGCGAGGGUGUCCUUGUGCGGCAGCCGGCCCCCGGUAGACCCGGCUCGCCCCCACGGACCCCAGCGGCGGAAGAGCACGUGCGGCGCCAUAUGUCCUCCACGCCGGCAGCGUCUCCUGCCAACCGCACGUGUGUUGGAAAGAGUCCACCUACUAUCAGCGUUCAUCUCAAAAAUUUCAAGGCAAGAGGCGCGCGACGCAUUCUGA